AUUCUACUCCAUACAAAAGUUUUCACGUUCCUCCACCGGGUUUGACGUCGCCAAAAUGAAGAUCCUCACAAAGGAAGAAGAGCAGGCUCACUACAAUGCUACCUUCAAUGGCACAGUUUACGGCGGUGUCGUCGGCAGUAUAAUAGGCGUAGCAGGCGUCUGGGCCGCAAGUGCAAGAUUCCCCGCCUUCAGGUCCCUCACAGUGCCUUUCCGAGCCUUUCUCGCUUCAGCGCCGGGCACCUUUGGCGCCGUCAUCGCCGCAGACCGCGCCUCCGCCCGCUAUGAUCUCAUGCACAACCCCGAGAAGCUCCGCGAAGCUGAGCGUGCGAAGGAACGAGCGACCCUCUACGAGCAGCACAAGUCUCCCAUGCAGCGCGCGAAAGAUUGGGCUGAGGAGAACCGAUACCCCAUCAUCUUCGGCUUUUGGGUCCUUUCCCUGGGAGGCUCCUUCCUGCUAGUGAAGCGCCAGCCGCUCUCCGCAUCGCAGAAGCUCGUGCAGGCACGCAUGUACGCGCAGGGUCUGACCCUCGGCGUGCUGCUGGCCAGCUUUGCAUUCGAGGCCAACGAUGCGACAAAGGGCAAGGGCCGCUGGGAAACCAUCAAGGUCAUUGAUCCGAAUGACCCCGAGCACAAGCAUUUGAUUGAAAAGCGGAUUCAUCAUGAGCGCUAUGCUGGCGAGGACCAGUGGAGAGAAAUGGUCGAGGCCGAGGAGCGGAGAAUUCAGGCUCGCAAGGAGGCCGCUGCGGCGAAACAGCAUGAGGGCGAAGCCCAGAAGAAGGAGUCUAAAGCCGCUGAACCCGCCCAGUAGACUUUCCCCUACCUAAACUUCCAUGAUACUCCAGCCCGACAUUCGGCACUUCUGUAUAUCUUUCUAUCGACGAGUCGGACCUUUUUCUUGACUGGCACUCAUUUGCUGGGCGUUCCGGGUAGCUUCCUAUGAAUGGUUUUCAAGCUGUAUUUCUACCUUGGCGGAAAAAAAGGUGCAUGCUAGAUACACUCUGAGCGUACGAAGCACGCGCUCUCUUU